UAGGCGCUCCAUUCAAGAAUGUCGUAUAUUAGUCUUUACGACUAAAUCAGGUGCUUUUUACCUGUCAGUGGUAACUACUGAAACUACAGAAGUCUACGGACAUUUAUAAAAACAUGGGGUGCCUGCACACUAAAGUUGGACGUGUCCAGCCAGUGGACGGGGCGGCAAUCAGUAUCGAUAAUACCGAUUCCGAUAUUGAAACGACGGACCACGGGACACAAACGAAAUUCGGGAGCAGCAAAGUAGCUUUGGAAUGUAACCUUGAUUCCAAAGGAAACAAGUCCAAGAGGAAAGGAAAACGCGAAAAUAGAAAGAGUCCAAGAAAGAAACAUUCGUUAGAUUCUACGGAGAGUUUGGACGAUAAUAUUUCAACUGAAGGCAGUGACAGGGGAUUUUCGGCAACGUCGAAGUCGUCACAACAGAGUUCCGAUUCUGGCCUAGGCGAGGACCACUAUGCCACGAUAAUCACCGAAGACUCUUCCAAAGACGUCGUCGACACGGUGGUACACGAGUUUGGACAGGAGAGAGAACUAGAUCUAGGAAUUACAGGAACGGCGUGCCCUCAUCGACUCAGUGCCAAAGACAAGAAGCGAUUAGAAGAAUCCACGAUAUUGCAAUCUUUGAGAGAUGAGGGGUUAAUCUCUAAACCAAAAGCUGAAUCUGCAGGAGGCAUCAGUUUUGAAAUCAUUGCCAACGAGACAAGCACCGCUGCCAGACCCCCUCCACGUCUAGCGAAACUAGAAAAAAAGAAAAAGAAAGUUUUGACCCAAGACGAAAUCCAGGAGAAACUAGAAAAGGCCGAGAAACGGAGAAAGAGAAAAGAAGAGGAGAAACUGGAAAAGAUCCGAGAGAAGGACAAGAGCGACACGCUGGCGUCGUUGGAGAGUUUCGCCCAGCACCAGAAGGAGAAGGAGGAGCAGGUGUUCCGGAAGAUGGACGAGGUGGAGGACAAACGUCAGCAUCGGCUGAACGAGAUCCGAGACAGGAUCAAGGCCAAGGAGCUACACGCCGAGAAGGUCAGGCAGCGCAAACAGAGGGCGUUGGAGCUCGGAGAGACGUUCUGUAACGAGGACAGUUUCGAUGAAAGUUUUUAACUCUUUAAUAGCAGAGGCGGAUCUAGGGGGGAGCAAGAGCAGGGGCCCGGCCCCUAAAUUUUGCGAUAGUUACAAUUUUAUUAUAUAUUAAUUUCUAUCUCAUGUCACUGGGGGCCCCCUAAAUGGAUUUUUUUUUAGAUCCGCCACUGAAUAGCGUGUAAUCAAUUAAUCACAAUGGACAAUGGGUUUACCAUGAAGACGAGAGGGUGAUGACUGUGAAAUAAGUUUCUUUCGGCGUUUUGUUUUUUGGGGGAGGGGGAUGGGGAGCAUGAAUUUAUAUCAGGAAGGAUAUCAGGUUGGAAGACAAAACGAAGUGAAGGUCGUCAUUAAAAAUCCUUUGUCAGUUGCAUAAAACUCUCCAGUUUAUACUUCUUAACAUUAGAAGACGUGAAACUUCAUUUUCCAACAUCUAGGGUACAGACUUAGUAAUACAUUACUGAUACCAUAGGACUGUUUUAGGGUUAAUGCCAAAAAUGGGUGAUAGGUGAAGGAACUAGAUACUCAUCCGGUUCAUGGGGACCCUUUCAACACUAUUUUUCAAUUAACAAAAACAAAAAGAGGAGAGUAAUUUUAGUUGACACUCAAAACAAAGCCACUGUUUUCUUUACCACGGUUUCAAACAUCCAUUCUGCUUAGAAAGAUGGGAAAACAUGCACAAUGCAAAAUAUGUGUUUUAAAAUUUUAUAAGUAGCUCUUUCUGUCUCGAUCCUUCAACGACAGACAACUAUUGGCUUUGCCCAGUUAUUUAUCAGUGCUAUUUAAUGUCAUUUUGACGUUUAUAUGAGUUUUCUGUUAAACCAACAGCUUUGUUUUUAACUCUUUGUCGGAAUAUCUGAGAAGCAUACAUUUUAACAGUAUCUUGACUACUAGAGGCAUAUCCAAAUGUCUGUUUACUGCAGUGAUAUUUACUAUAAAUAAUACAAGGUUCCAUUGCAUGUUACAGUUGGAUGUACAUGUAUUGUAUACUGAAAAAAGGAUGGAAAAAGAUUUCUUCAAUGUGCCAAAUCAUGUUAUUACAUUUUCUAGCAUCGACUUGCCCAAUAAUGUAUUAUUAGACGCGUCACCGGGAAGUAAGCUGGUGGGGUUGGGUACGUUAGUAAAUGCAAACGGACCCCGUUUUGGCUAUUUUUCUGUCUUCUUUCUGUUAAAGAGCAGGUAACAUGGUAUAUCAGGUUGAGAAACACUGGGUACCAAACAGAGAAAUAUCGACUUUAUAUUAAAGCUUUGCAGUAACGAAUUUCACUGGGAAGUCAAUAUAGAUGAUGUGUGGUGUUCUUCGGACUUUGUAGUAUUUUCUUUAUCGUCAAUGCAGGCCCGUAGGAACGACUUUGGGAGUGUGGGGGGGGGGGGGGGGGGGCACUGACGGAUCGGGUACAAACUAUAUCAGAUUUUUGUUACAAUUGCAAACAUUAAUGUGUAAAAAAAAAAAAAAGGCUCACAAGUGGGGGGCACGUGCCCCCCGCCCCCUCCCCCCCACCACAGGUUCCUACGGGCCUGCAAUGAUCAUGAACAUAUGUAUAUAGAAGAAUUAUUUAUUACGGACAGUCUUUCGACUACUACUAGAGGCAUAUCCCAAUGUCUGAUUACUGCUGACUACUGCAUAGUUAAUAAACCUAAUUAAUGUGUGUAAAUAAUAUAUGGUUUCAUUACCGUUUACAGUUAGAUGUUACUUUCUUAUUGUAUACGGGGAAAAAAGGAUGGCAAAAGAUUUCGUCAGUGUGCCAAAUCAUAUUACAUAUUGUAGCACGGACUUGCCCAUUCAGUCAGUAAUAACUAAUAGUAUUAUUAGACGCGUCUUAUUUAGUUAAGAAAAAUUUAGACCAUUACAUAGCAGUAUUAUUGUAUUAUCAUGUUGUCAUUUUAAAACUUGUAGCUCCUGCUUUUUGUUGUUAUUAAAUAUUGAACUAUAACGCAGUAGGCGAAAUAAUCAGAUGUAAAUUGUUCAUUGGGUGUACACGAGUGCACUGUAUUGUACAUGUAUUAUAUUCUUAAUAGAAUUCUUCUAGCAAUGAUUAAAUGAAAAGAGCUCAGGAGCGAAUUGAUAACAUCCCGUCCCAUUGAGCGAAAUAGGAUUUUUGGGUCAACAAAUCGGGUCAUUUUCCAAUGCAAAUUUCACUGCGGAAUGCUUGGGUACUUCAGUACAGCGAUAUUAGAACAUUUGAGACCGACUUCUAUAUACUAGUAUUUUAAUACUGAGGUGGAAUUCCGUAUGCAGAUGUCGGACAAUUACCCUCCGUCCCCCGGCUUUAACAGCUCUUAGUGCAUUGCAAGGCUGUUUACCUAGGUAUGUAUGUAAAGGUUCACAUUCCUAUUUCUAAAAAAUUAGUUUUCUUUUAUAACACAUUUUAAAGUAUCCAGGUUGAAACAAGCAGUAACUGUUGUGAGCAUACAUUCACUGCGAAAGAAAAAACAUAUUGCAGAUUAAAUUUUGUAGAAGUAUUAAAGCUACCAUCCGUGUUGGACGUCAUUGUAUUCUGACGUCACGAUAAAGCAUGUAAAUGUAUUGGAUGCUGGUUUAAUUAACCUGCAUGUCGUUUUGCAAAGUAAAUUAAAUGUACAAACAAUACUAUUAAUGUACACAUAUACUGAAAAAACAAACACAAACACACAUUUGUAUAUAUACAUGUACACAUAAAAUUAUACUGAAAAAACACACAGAGACAAACACAUAAGAAUUGUUUCUAAUUUUUUAGG